CUUCUCUAUUUCGACGAUGUUGAUCAUGGUGGCCGCGAAUUCUUGCUGGAAUCUAGCACUCGCAGCGACGUCCUCGAUCUUCCAGUAUCAUAGCAGCGACGCUGACGAUGGAAGAAUCCACACAGUGGUCCGGCGAUCCAGGAACAAGAUGACCAAGAAACGCGAGCUCCUCCAGCGCAAGGGGCGAAUCUCCAAGGAAGAGAUUGGCCUGGAGCAGCUGCUGCGGAAUCCCGACACCACCACCUACGCGAUCCUCCUCCGCCGGUGUGGCCGCGCUCGAGCGCUGGCAGAGGGCAAGCGCGUCCACGCGCAGAUCUUCAAGACUGGCCACGAUCGCGAGACGCGGCUGAGGAAUCUCUUGAUCCAGAUGUAUGGCGAAUGCGGCAGCUUGAUCGACGCGCGCAAGGUCUUCGAUCGCACGCCGGAUCCAAACAUCUUCUCGUGGAACAUCAUGCUCGCAGCGUAUGCCCACAAUGGGCAUUCCAACGAGGCGCUGGUUCUGUCGCAGAGGAUGAAGGACAGUGGCGCCACCGUCGUCCCGGAUCGAGUGACUUACGUGAUCCUCCUCCACGCGUGCUCGAAUCUGGGCGCGCUGCGCGAGGGGCGGAUGAUCCACGCGAGCGUCAUCGCGAGCGGGAUGGAAUCCAACGUCGUGGUGGCCACCGCAAUCGUCAACAUGUAUGGCAAGUGUGGUAGCAUGGGCGAUGCGAAGAUGGUCUUCGACAAGAUGCCCGCCAAGGACGUGAUCUGCUGGAACUCGAUGAUCUCGGCCUAUGCGCUGAAUGGAUUGGGCAAGAGCGCGCUGGAUCUCUACGCGCGGAUGAGGCACAGCUGCGUGAGGCCCGACGCUGGGACGUUCGUGGCGGCGCUGGAUGCGUGCUCGGUGCUAAACUCGCUCGAGGAUGGGAAGAAGAUCCACGCCGCCAUCGCCGCGAGCAAGCUCGAGUGGAAUGUGAUGGUGGCCACCGCUCUGGUGAGCAUGUAUGGGAAAUGCGGCUGCCUGGAGCGAUCCAUCGCGGUGUUUCGCGCGAUGGAGGUGAGGAACUUGAUCUCCUGGACGGCGAUGCUGGGCGCGCUCGCGCACAAUGGUCGCGACGCCGCGGCGCUGGAGCUCUUCGCCAGGAUGCGCGACGAGGGCGUGAGGAUCGACGCGGUGGCGAUGACAAUCGCGCUGGACGCGUGCUCGCGGAGCCGGGACUUCACGCGGGGGAGGGAGAUCCAUGCGAUGAUCGACGCGGCGGUGGCGGGCAGGAGCUUGCGAUCGAUCACUCCAGUGCUCGCUGCCGCGAUCGUCAACAUGUAUGCGUGCUGCGACGAGAUGGAUCUCGCGAGAGCGAUAGUGGCGAGGCAGCGCGAAGCUCUCCUCUGGAACGCGCUCAUCGCGGCCUACACUGCUCGCGGCCAUCCCCGCGAGGGGCUGCGGCUCUACGCGGAGAUGAUCCUCGCGGAGAGGCGAGGAGCUCCGCCCGUCCGGCCGGAUCGAAACACUUUCGCGGCGGUGCUCGAGGCGUGUGGAUCCAUUGGAGCCGCGGCGCUGGGCGAGGGGCGGAUGAUCCACACGCAGGCCAUCGCCAGAGCUUGCAACACGGACGCGAUCGUCGCGUCGGCCUUGAUCGCGAUGUAUUCCAAGUGCGGCAGCUUGGGCGACGCGGUGGCGAUCUUCCGGGAGCUCUCGCGGAAGAGGAGCGUGGUGCUGGUCACCACCAUGAUCGCGGCUUACGGCCACCAUGGAAAGCUCGAGCUCGCGCUGGAGCUCUUCUGGGAGAUGGCGCAGCGAGGAUUGAAGCCCAACCGGAUCACUUUCGUCAGCCUUCUCUCGUCUUGCAGUGCCGCAAAUUCUCUCCGUGAGGCCGUGUUCUACUUCCAGAUCAUGAUCCACGACUGUGACAUCCAGCCGGGCGCCGAGCACUACCACUUCCUCAUCGAUCUUCUUGGGCGGUCGGGAAAGGUGGCAGAGGCCGAGGAGCUCAUCAACUCGAUGCCGUUUGCGCCCGGUUGCGGCGCUUGGAUGAGCUUGCUGGCCGCCUGUGAGAGGCACUCGAAGGUGGAGCUGGGAAGAAGAGCUGCGGAUCGAGUUUUCGAGAUGGAACCAAAGAAUGCACUAGCUUACUUGAUGCUUGGGAAGAUCUACGUCGCAGCCGGGAUGUGGGACGAGCUCCUCCAGCUCAAGAAGCUUAUGGAGGAUAGGGGUCUCAAGAGGGAGCCGAGUGGUAGUAGUAGUAGUAGUAGUAGUAAUAAUCCUCCCACCACCACCACCACCACCACAGACUACCACCAUUCUUCCUUGCGUGAUAACGAGAAAGAUCCACUGACUUUGAGGCCUCCAGCGUACAUUCUUGGACCCCGUCCCUGACUACAAAGCUGGAAGAAACGUUUUAAGAGUGAACUCGAUCGAGAAGUGCAAGCAACCAGUGCUUUUAGUUAAAAGAACUGAAAUGUAUAUAGCAAAGACUCAACUUUCUUUGAAUAGAAUCUACCUCUUACACUUGA